GCCGCCGCUAACUUUCAUAUUUUAUUCAAAUUAAUUAAUUGUUUCUUUAAAAAAAACAAAAACAAUAACAAAAACUUGUUGUUUUAAUUAAUUAUCAACAGAUUAUAAAUUUAUAAUCAUUAAUUAUUAAUUACUGAUGUAAUUAUUAGAGUAUGGAGCAAUUUGUAAUUACGAAAAGCAAAAAUAAAAAUCUGUCAUCCAGAAAAGAGCUCGAACUGCUCGACAAACAAGAACUUAUUGACAAAGUGUUACAACUGGAAGCGCAUACGAUUCAAUUAAAAAAUAUAAUUAAAAAAGUAGACAACGUAAAAAGUGACAAAAAACCAGGAAAAGGUUUUGACUUUGCUCAAUGUAAUAAACGACAUAUUUUAUUAAAAUUUUAUUACCUCGGCUGGAACUACUCAGGCUUUGUCGAGCAAGAAGACACGAUCAACACCAUAGAGCACCACAUCUUCCACGCACUGAAACGCAGCUGCUUGAUAGAGCAACGAGAGACUUGUAAUUAUCACAGAUGCGGGAGAACUGAUAAGGGAGUAAGUGCUUACUCGCAAGUUAUUUCACUAGACAUUCGCAGCAGACUUGGACCCGAGGAGCAGACUAAGUUGAAGGAAGAGUUGUCUUACUGUAAAAUACUAAACAGGAUUCUUCCAAAGGACAUCAGAUGCACCGCCUGGGCGCCAGUUGCUGAUGAAUACUCUGCUAGAUUUGACUGCAAAACCAGGAGUUACAGGUACUAUUUUCCCCGAGGUGCCUUGGACAUCGAGGCGAUGAAUCGAGCUGCUGGAUACCUGGUAGGACACCACGAUUUUAGGAAUCUCUGCAAAAUGGACGUGGCCAACGGCGUCGUUACUUUUGAACGCACGGUCAUUGACGCUAAAAUUGUCCUCAAUGAUCAGGAUACGUCAAAACAAAGUGGAUACGACAUGUGUCAGCUGAUAAUAAAGAGCCAGGCAUUUCUUUGGCAUCAGAUAAGAUGCAUAAUGGGAAUUUUACUGCUUGUAGGCCAAAAAAAAGAGGACCCAAAGAUUAUAAAUUAUUUAUUUGACAUCGAAAAGUGUCCACGUAAGCCUCAGUACAAUUUAGCUCACGAACUUCCGCUUAAUUUAUUUUACUGUCAUUACGAAGACGUCGAAUGGUUUUACGACGAAAGCGAAGUUGAGGUUGUCAUUAAAACUCUGCAAGAAGAAUGGACACUUAAUGCUAUAAAAGCUGAAAUGAUCAAAAGUAUUAUCGAUGAUCUGUCAACUCACUGCACGAGUGAAGAAGGAUUCAAUUAUCAAAGUGAUUGUCUGAUUCAAGGGGUGCAAGCUAAAAUUCAUCAGCCUUUAAUCAAACGAAUCACUUGCGAAAGCCUGGAGAACAGAAUAAAACAUUUCGAAAAAAAAAGAAGGAUCGAAAUAAAAAAUCCGUCAAAAGAAAAUUCGUAGGACGAGUAAGAAUUGUUUUAAAUUUUAUUAUCAAUUUAAUAAUAAAUUUAUUUAUAAUAA